AUGCUUCUACCAAGAAGCGUUUUGAGACCUGGCCUUACCUUUCUCAAAUCCCCCAUACACCGUCUGCUCUUGGGCUUUGCGCUCCUCUACGGCCUCGCGAUUACCUGGGCUCGCGCCCGUUGCUGGCGCGAUCCGACAUCGGCCUUCUUCGCAGAAGACGAGGCAUAUGAGCCCGCGUACUCUCUCCAGCGUGGCGCGCAAGCCAACGCCUUUCUCGACCAUGCCAACCAAAACACCCUUCCUCUUCAUUUCCACACCAAAGCAUCUGCUCAUCCGACGAUAUGUGUGGGUAUCACCUCGGUGGCACGGAAAAAUGCAACAUAUCUCCAAGGCGCCGUCGGGUCUGUACUGGAGAGCCUGACGCCGACAGAGAGAGGUGAUGUACACCUCACCGUGCUGAUCGCACAUUCCAAUCCAGCAGAGCAUCCGGCGUACGCAGAACCGUGGCUCCAUACGCUGGUCGACAGGGUGCUGCUCUAUGACCCCGACCUCAUCGAUCUCGAACAUAUUCGCGAGUUGGAGACCCCUGAGGCAAAGAUAUUUGCCCGCGAAAAGGGCCUACUAGACUAUGUCUACCUCCUUCGCGCAUGCGAAUCUCUCCAUACGUCGUAUACUGUGAUGCUUGAGGAUGAUGUUGUUGCUCUGGACGGCUGGUACCAUCGGACCAAGGAAGCUCUGCUUGUUGCCGAACAGAAGACGUUUCUCGGAUGGAACUCGGAAGAAUGGCCUACCUACCUGCUAUCUUCUCUCCUCCUCGCGCUCGGAGUAGUAGCUCUGGCAACGGUGAUUCGCUACUCCCGCCCAGCUACGGCUGCAUAUCUUCCAAACAAGGUCAUUGCCAUUCUCGCAUUCGUCAUCACUCCUCUCAUCAUCAUUCUCUUUUUUGCUGCUGGACGGGUCACGAUGCUCCCGAUGGCAGCCGCCGUCCACAAGAUGCCUCGGUUCGGAUGCUGCUCUCAGGGCUUAGUCUUUCCGCAGACGCGCAUCGGAGAUUUGGUAUCCUGGUACGAGUUCAAAAGACUUGGAUACAUCGACAUGCUGACAGAAGAAUAUGCCGAUGCGAACAACGAGGUACGCUGGGCAUUAACGCCUAGUGUACUGCAACAUGUGGGCAGCAAGAGUUCAAAGGUGAAUAUGCCCCGGGAACACAGAACCCGACGGACUGUUUCCGAAAUGAUCUGGAACUUCAUGUUCGAAAAGAAUGAUGUAGGGGAACUACGCCGCGAGCAUAAACAGCAGUCUGAAGCAGAUGUAUAA